AUGGCAGACACAGACAGGAGAAAUCAAACGGCCAUCACAGAAUUCAUCCUCCUGGGAUUUGGGGAUCUCCCUGACCUGAAAAUUCUUCUCUUCCUGAUGUUCCUAGUGAUCUACAUCACAACUGUGGCCGGGAAUAUCCUCAUCAUUGCACUCGUUGUGGCUGAUCAGCACCUUCACUCCCCCAUGUACUUCUUCCUGGGGAACUUGUCCUGCUUGGAGACCUUCUACACCUCCACCAUCCUACCCAGGAUGCUGGCCAGUCUCCUGACUGGGGACAAAACCAUCUCAUUCAGUGGCUGCUUUACGCAACUGUAUUUCUUUGCUUCCCUGGCAUGUACAGAGUGCUAUCUCCUAGCAGCGAUGUCUUAUGAUAGGUAUUUAGCGAUAUGUAAACCCCUGCACUAUUCAACUCUUAUGAAUAACAGGUUUUGCCUCCAGUUGGCUGCUGGAUCAUGGUUAAAUGGUUGUUUGGCUACUGCCAUCUUUAUAUUAUUCAUGUUACAGUUAAAAUUCUGUGCCCUGAAUGAAAUUGACCAUUUCUAUUGUGAAUCCAUCCCACUGAUAAAACUCUCCUGCAGUGACACACACCUGAUCAUAUUGCUAGAUUUCAUUCUAGCCUGUGUAUUCACUCUGCCUCCAUUCCUACUAACCCUGACCUCUUAUGUGUGUGUCAUCACCACCAUCCUGAGAAUCCCUUCCAUCACCGGGAGACAGAAGGCAUUUUCCACCUGCUCCUCUCACCUCAUUGUGGUGACAAUUUUCUAUGGAACAAUAAUGAUUGUGUACAUGCUGCCGAAACAUGAUACACUGAGAGACCUGUACGAAGUGCUCUCUCUUUGCUACACUGUCCUGACUCCCCUGGCAAACCCCCUCAUCUACAGCCUGAGAAACAGAGAGGUCAAGGAAGCCUUGUGGAAAGCAUCCAACGGGCUGGUGGAAUGGUUUAAUGGGACCCUGAAGAAGAUGCUGAGGACUUUUAUGGACCAACAUGCCCAGGACUGGGACAAGUAUUUACCCCACCUGCUGUUCACAUAUAGAGAAAUGCCUCAGAAAUCCACAGGGUAUUCCCCUUUCGAGUUGCUGUAUGGGAGGAGAAUGAGGGGACCCUGGGACUUGAGGGACGAAUGGGAGGGGAAGGACUCUUCUGAUGGGGACUGGGUGGUGGAAUAUGUGCUGUCUUUUCGGGAAAGACUCACUGAGCUCAUGGGUUUGGCCAAGGAGAACCUAGCCUGGGCCCAAGGGAAACAGGAAGUUGGGUGCGACCGCUCACUGCAUGCCUGCUUCUAUGGUACUCGGGACCAGGGGAUGGUUCUCAUCUCCGUGCAGAAGAAUAAGAAUAAGAAUCUCCAGGCUGCCUGGGAUGGGCCCUUUGAGGUCAUCAAGCAGCGGAAUGUGGUGAACUAUGUGGUGGAGCUGCCCAACCGGGCUCACAGCCACCAAGGGUACCAUGGCGACAUGAUGGGGCUGUACUUUGAUAGGGAGAGAUCUCAGAGGAACAUGUCCCAGGUGAAGAGGGUGCUGGGUCACCUCAAGGAGGCAGGACUGACUACUAAACCCAUGGAAGACAGAGACUGGAGAAAUCAAACAGCUGUCAUGGAAUUCAUCCUCCUAGGAUUCGGGGAUCUCCCUGAACUGAAAAUUCUUCUCUUCCUGAUGUUCCUAGUGAUCUACAUGGCAACCGUGGCUGGGAACACUCUCAUUGUGGUACUCGUUGUGACUGAUCAGCAGCUUCACACCCCAAUGUACUUCUUCCUGGGCAACUUGUUCUGCUUGGAGACCUGCUACACAUCGACCAUCCUGCCCAGGAUGCUGGCCAGUCUCCUGACUGGGAACAAAACCAUCUCAUUCAGUGGCUGCUUCACACAAUUUUUUAUCUUUGGUUCUCUGGCAUGUACAGAAUGCUAUCUCCUAGCAGCAAUUUAA